AUGGUUGUAGUUUUUGAUAGUCCUGCAGAAGAUCUGUACGGCAUUUUUAUCAAUAGGGUUCGUCGAGAGCGUCCACCGGAGUAUUUGGAAAAGGUUAAAGGUUUGACAAAAUGGGUCCCUCCUCCAGUGAAGAUGACAAGCAGCUAUGUUCGUCAAAACAUUGACAUAUCUCAGAAGAGAAUGGAUGUGGCUUCUCUUGAUAUGCUUCAGUUUCACUGGUGGGAUUAUGCGAAAGACGGUUAUCUUGAUGCACUGAAACACCUCACUGACUUAAAAGAAGAAGGUAAGAUCAAGACUGUUGCUUUGACAAAUUUUGAUACAAAGAGACUUGAGAUAAUCUUAGAGAAUGGAAUCCCUGUUGUUAGCAACCACGUACAAUACUCCAUUGUAGACAUGCGUCCUCAACAGAGAAUGGCUCAGCUUUGUGAGCUUACAGGCGUCAAACUUAUAACUUAAAAUCUCUUCUCAACUCUCUCGAAAAUCUCUUUAACAACUGACUUGACCACACAUCAUCGAAGGUCUUUUCGAGUGUAGAUAUGGGACAGUAAUGGGUGGUCUACUGUCGGAGAAGUUCCUUCAUGCCAAUCUAACCAUCCCUUUUGCUAGCCCUGGUUUGAAUACUCCUUCUCUCCAAAAGUACAAAAGGAUGGUUGAUGCAUGGGGAGGGUGGAAUCUCUUCCAAGGUUUGCUUCGCACGAUGAAAAGCAUUGCCACAAAACAUGGAGUUUCUAUUCCGACCGUGGCCGUGAGAUACGUACUAGAUCAGCAAGGAGUUGGCGAAUCAAUGAUUGGGGUGAGGCUAGGGUGAGCGGAACACAUACAAGAUGCAAACGCUAUAUUAUCAUUGGUAUUGGAUGAUGAAGAUGUGAAUAGCAUACAAGAGGCUACCAAGAAAGGUAAAAAUCUUCUUCAAGUGAUUGGUGACUGUGGAGACGAGUACUGACGUGUAGAAUACCGUUUACAUGCAUUCAAGACACAAGAUCUGUGUUGGGAUUCGUAUAUAUGAGUUCAAUACUUGACCAAAUUUGAGAUGGUUUAAAUGGAGGUAUUACCCUAUUUUGACUCGAACUGUUUCAAAAACUAAAAUAUGUAUUGUACUA